UCUAGUCUGACCACUGAGCUCGUCCUCACAACAUGGAUACCUCCUCAGCCCCUCUCCUUGACUACAGCCUGCAGUACCAGUGGUGCUCGGACUCAGACCUCUCCUGCAUCUCUUCUCCUGAAACCCUCUCUCCAGUCCACUCCAUGGACUCCAGCUUCUCGCCUCCUUACACACAGCCUCCACAGUCCACUCCUAGGGCAGCCAAGACUGGAUACUCUCAGGGCCUCAACUCCUCGCCCUCCUCCAUGUCUGGAAGUAGCCAGAAGAUUGUUCGAGCCAACCGCUUCCGUAGCAAGCAGAGGGAGAGUGCGAGUGAGAAAGAGAAGCUGAGAAUGAGGGAUCUAACUAAAGCUCUGCACCACCUCAGGUCGUACCUCCCACCUUCGGUGGCCCCUGUGGGACAAACUCUGACAAAGAUCGAGACUCUGCGUCUCACCAUCCGCUACAUCUCAUACCUGUCGGCCCAGCUGGGCCUCAGUGAGGAGGCUCUGUUCCAGAGGAGGGAACAAGGAGACACGUCAGCCAGCGGGCCCUCCUCUCCUGACAUCAUCAGGUGCUUCCAAAACACCCCUGCUGGAGCGCAGGUGCAGGGUCAGAACCUGUACCCAUCCCAGUGUUACAGCCAGAAUGCCCUGUUGCAAUCUGGGGGCUGUAGUCUUGGAGUGGGUGCUUGCAGCGAGGCCGCUGAGGGGGACACGAAGCUGCAGUCACCUCCGGUGUCACAGCCUUCCUGUCAGAUGUGUGGUAAAGACUACUGCAGCCCGUUGGUUCCGAGGGACUACUGGGGUUAAACGUCGACGCCAUCCGGCAUCAACAGAACCAAACGACUUCACUGUGAAACGCCCUUUUAUUUAAAUAUAUUUAAUUCUACCUUCUAUUUAUUUUAUCAUUUAAAUGUUUCAUGUAAAUAAACAUCUAACACUAUUUUUAUAUGUCUUUAUCCCACUAUUUAUAUUAAACUAUUAAACUGAUCUCCUCUCUGACACUGUUGUGGUUUUCAUUCCCAGUAGAGUCCGUUCUCAGAGCCGACGCCGCGUCAGAGGACGUGUCACACCCG